GUAUGCUCUGACUUACCAUAAUGCCCGCCGACGCUGUCCUGCAGCCGGUACAGCUCAACAUUGACGCGCAAGAUACUAGUUGCUCUGCCGACGCCGCCGUCGCGUCCGCCGCAGCUCUCGUUGCAGCAGACGAUGGCCACGUUCAGCCUCUCCUCGACCAGCUCAGUUCUCACUUGCCAGCUGCAUCUGCGGCCCUUUCCGGUCGUUCUCACUCAGAAGUCCCACCGGCCUCCCCGGCGAUGGGCUCUGCGGCGCUCAUCGACAUUCCCGCCGCACCAGACGCGGUCCCGCCUCCACCCAAACGUGCGUCUGCUCCCACCGAGCUCCACGUAGCAAGCUCCGAUCCCGGUUCGGACGCGAUCAUCUUACCUGGUUCAAUUGAAAAGGUCCAAAACCGCCCGGUAGAACGGGAGCUUGUGGAGGAUCGGCCUGCGCCGUCCCAUGACGCCCCUGCUCUCGAUCCUGGGCCGUCAACGCACUCGACCGCUGUCCCUACCCUACCGCCUUUAAAUAGGUCUGAUAGUCAGCGUGGUUCAGCUCCAAGCUUGCACGCACAGAACGCGCCUGGGAGUUACGACUGGCCAACGUUUGUUGCUGCGUAUGCUGCUGGCAGGUGGAAUCCGCAUCGCAUCCCUUCGGCGCCUAGGCCUACUGUUUACUCGACACCAGCGACACCUGGAUCCGCGCCCUUUCACGCGCGGCGAUCAGAAGAUAGCACAAAGGGAUCUUCGAAUUCAAGUGCUACGACUGUCGAGCCUCCGCCGUUGCCUGUAUCAACAAUUCCACUUUUGUCUCCUCCCCUCCCCAGCGGGCCUGGAACAGGAACAGAUAGCAGCACAUCCGCCAGUGACGCUUCGGUAUUGUCACGUGUCACCUCGAGUUCUGCAGCGACUUCAAUGCACUCAAAGGCAGGAUCACCUGCGCUAUUCACUCCGCAACCGGUAGCUCCAGCGGUAUCAAUUGCAGGAUCCAUGCCCGCUGCUCCAGAACCACCUCCCCAACUGUCGGCUUCUCUACCUCCGGAAAUUGCCCCCUUCUCCGGCAUUAGCCAGCGUCGUGCGAGCGUCGGUUCGCCCUCACCGCGAGAAAAUGAAAUGCGAAUACCCUUGCCGCCGCCAUCUUUCGCAGGUAGUAGUAGUGCAAACACCCCACUUCACCUACGCAAUGCCGUAUUAUCGCCUUCGACUCAUCCCCUUGGUCCGCAACUACAGCCGUUAGUUCCAGCCGUUAGUACGCCUGCAUCGGAAUACUAUUCUGCCGUGUCGACGAUUCAUUCAGGUCCGUCGACUCCAGAAUUAAAUACUGCUGCUGCCACCAUGCGCUGGGCGGCGUCGUCUCAUGUUUCCCUUGCACCCUUAGCACUUCCUAGUCCGGAGCAUGAAUUGACUGAUCCUAUGCGAGGAGUGGCGGUCUCUGUUCCGGUUGAUGAAGUGAACGAUGCCGAAGAGGAAGGGAGUUCUGAUAACGGUAACAGCAAUCGAAGGUGGUCUGGCCUCGGAAUCCGAACAGGGAAAACAAGAAACGGGCGAAGAGGUAGAUAUUACGGGAAAGGCAGAACUCCGAGUCAAACAAGGCGAAUAUGGGAACGAUUCACAAGUCGCGAGAAGCAGCAGUCUUCAAGCGAAGAAACGGAAGUGGGUAGGAGCGAUGACGACUCUUUGCAGCACCUUCCUUCAGAACCAGUACAAUCGCGGCGGCGUGAUACUCGUCCAUCUGACUCUAUAUCGCAUAUGCCAACGAUCGAGGCGAGCCCUCUUGGUAGUCCGGCAAGAGAAUUGCCAAAAGGGGAGCCUACGAUGCGUCAUGAGGGUAGUAUUAGUCCGUCUGUCCUCGCGGAGGACUCACCUCGGGUCCAUUCCACGUCGCGUAGCUCAUCUAUGCCUGCACCCGUGACGGCACCACUUUUACGCUCAGCUUCGCAAGAUGAUGGCAAGUCCCCUGCUGCUAUUCAAACAGAUUAUUUUGGACUUGCAGUGCACAGAGAAUCCGCACCGGUCACAUCGCCUUUGCGCGACGCGUCUCUCCCUAGAGUAGAAAGCGUGAAGGCGGAGGUACCGUUUGUUCAGCUUCAGACUGUCGCGGAGGCUGAAUUUGAUUCAUCCUCACAGAGCGUCAGUUCCCUUCCGCUUUCCUCGGGCUCGCGUACGAGUGAAGGCAGUCGCCAGUCGGAACAGUCUUCCUCUGCUCCACGGGCUCCGAGUCUCAUUGAUACACUCUCGGUGCAGACGCAGACUUCGUUGUCCCUCCCGAACACGCCCAUGCAUCGUGCAGUUUUGAGUCGACAGUCUUCAUCUCCGUUGCCUACACGUGCAUAUAUUGUGAACGAAACUGUUGCAAGCUUCGAGGCAACGUCUGACGCACCAUUGUCUACGACGGCAACGACAGCUCCUCAACCAUCACCAUUUGACAUUAGCAGGGCACGCUUUAAUUCUGCAAUGUCGGUGGGUGGGCGAACCAAAAGUGCAAACCGUCCGGGACUUGCGCGUGCACAGUCCAUGAAAGCCAUGGGCUCUGGUCACUCCCUGACGAAGGUAACUAGAGAAGAGGAAGAGUACACUGGAAGAGGCUACCUUAUUCCCCCUUACCCACGGGACGAGGACGAGCGGCGGAGGGCGCUGCGCAAGUUUAAUAUUGUGCAUACGAUGCCAGACGUCAACUUCGAUCGGAUAGCGUACUUGACUAAGCUUGUCUUCAGCACGAAGAUUGUUGUCGUGUCGCUUGUCGAUGAAGAGGAAGAAUGGUUUAAAAUGGAAUCUGGAUUAGGAUCACAAGCGCUUCCGAGAGAUGUAUCGUUCAGUGCGCAUGCAAUCUUGCAAAAAGGAGACGAACCCACGGUUGUCUUAGAUACAAGACGCGAUUGGCGGUUUAGUAUGAACCCGUUGGUCGUGGAAAGACCCAAUGUUCGCUUUUUUGCGGCGGCGCCGUUACGGACUUCGGAGGGAUAUAAUGUCGGAGCGUUAUGUAUUAUGGAUGACCAACCUCAUUCGGAAUUCACACCUCGACAACGACAUACUCUUAAGGAAUUUGCUGCUAUUGUCAUGCGGGAAAUGGAACUGUGGAAGGACAAGAUUCAAUUACGUAUUCGGGACCGGAUACAAAACUCGAUGGAACAAUUCACGCGCGAAUGUCUCGAGAUCGACAACGAAGAGACAUCGGCCACACAUGGUGUGCUGAAAGCUGGGUCUAUGGAUCGAGUAUACGAGCGAGCAGCGAAGCUCGUUAAAAAGACGCUGGACGUUGAGGGUGCGGCGGUAAUGGACGUUUCGCACUUUGAUGUGCUGGAGACUACGAAAGCUGAAGGUGCUAUCUCGAUUGUGUGUCAUCAUGCUGAUUGCGCGAGUGGUGAGACCCCACAAAUGCCGGCGACGACUACGCACUCGAUACCGACGGAUGAGUAUUCGUUGUUUAUGGAUUUUUUCGCGAAGUAUCCGGAGGGAAAGAUUGCGGAGGGGAUUAUUCCGAGGUGUUUCAGGACUAUUUUGCCUACGCGGAUAGUGCAUGCUUUGAUCGUACCGAUCUUUAACAUUGAUAAGAGGCCUUUUGCGCUGCUGUGUGCGUAUAAUACCGCUGCGCAUGUCAAGCCAUUCUUGGAGGGACAUGAAUUGUCGUAUUUGAGGGCUAUUGGUGUUAUAAUCUUAAGUGCGGUCUUGAAAAGACGGAUGAUACUUGCGGAUAAGUCCAAGAGCUUGUUCAUUUCAAAUAUCUCACACGAGCUACGAACACCUUUGCAUGGAAUCCUGGCAGCCGCUGAAUUAUUGGGCGAUACGGAAUUGGAUGAUAACCAAUCAUCGUUCUUGCGUACGGUCCAAGCAUGUGGGACGUCUCUCGUUGAGACUGUUAACCACGUAUUGGACUUCACCAAGCUGAGCGGCAACUCUAAGAAUGGUGGUGUUGAGAACGUUAUCCAUCCCAGCAAAGUGGACCUAAUGCAAGUCGUCGAAGAAGCAGUCGAAGGUUGUUGGAUUGGGCAUCGAGCUCGAUUACCAGCGAAGUCAGAGAUUGGGAGUGUUUAUGCUCCUCCGGCGUCUUCAGGAUCACAAUUGGCCUUUGCGAGGACGGCUGUGGAGACUGUUAUUGAUGUUGAUCUGAGGAGUAGGGGAUGGCAGCUCGUUUGCGAGAAGGGAGGUAUUAGACGUGUUUUGAUGAACCUCAUUGGGAAUAGUUUGAAGUUCACUUCGAAUGGAUACGUGCAUAUCACGUUGCGCGAACUACCCAGUUCAGACACGGCUUCUGACAAAGCUAAGAUUGAACUGGCGGUGAUUGAUACUGGCAAGGGUAUUAGCAAGGAGUUCUUGAAGAAUCAACUCUUUCAUCCAUUCUCCCAAGAGAAUCCUCUGCAGUCGGGUACAGGCCUGGGGCUAGCUAUCGUCAACAGCAUUAUCCGCUCAGAGUCUGUCAAUGGCCAGGUUGAGGUUUCGAGCACUGAAGGCGUUGGGACAGAGAUCCGGAUCACAUUUGAUGCUGCUAUUCCUGAGGAUGAACAGCCUCCGGAAGUUGAGAAAUUAGACAUUCAAGGAAGGAAUCCGACAGCUUCGAUGUUCGGGUUCGACGAUGGAUCCAAGGGGACAACGCUGUUGCGCGGGGUGAUAGAGAAAUACUUGGCGUCUUGGUGGGGCUUUGAGAUUGUCCCUGCUGGUAGUAGCACUUUGGGAGAUAUUAUCUUGUUGAACGAAGAUGCAAGACUUAUCUCGCAGGCUAUUGCGGCGAGAGAUACUUCUCGUCCUUUCGUUCUGCUGACGUCGUCGCGUGCUGAUCAGGAGACGAUGGCUACGGUGUAUGACUUUGAACGUCUGGGUGGAUUCUGUCGUUUGGUCUCUAAACCAGCUGGGCCUUCUCGCUUGCGACAAGUGUUAAAGGCUUCUGUGCAUAUUGUCCGUUUUCGAGAGAGUUCACAGCAGAGUGCUGUUACGGCUGAACCACAUCGCGCAGGUACGCUGCCUGCUUCGUCGUUUUCUCCAGACCCUGCUAUCGCUCCGUCAGGACUGCCACGAUAUCCAUCUCAGGAGCCUGGAACGAUCCCGAUGAGACCGAAGAUGACGCCUAGAGCAAACACCUUCCAUCCUGUGUUACCCGAACGAAUUGCGACGCCUCCGCUAACCAAACUUUCUCCGCCUGCGGAUUAUCCGAGUAGUCCGGGAGAUACGACUAUCAAUGUUGGUGCUGGAGGGACGUUGUUGAAGUCGUCUAUUGGGACUUGGAGUCGACAGGGACAUGCGAGGGCGCGGAUUUUGGUUGUGGAGGAUAAUCAGAUACUGAGGGAUCUUUUAGUACGAUGGCUUGGGAAUAGGGGCUUUGAGUAUCAGCAUGCGAUGGACGGUAGGGAAGGCGUGAACGCUUUUUCCAAUACCGAUCAUAUUGAUGUUGUACUCGUGGACUUAUCCAUGCCUGUACUCGAUGGGAUCGCUGCUACCACCGAGAUCCGCAAGAUCGAGGCCAAGCGAUUGGAUGACCACGCGAACUUGCCUGCUGGCUCCUCUGAUCCACCGCGAAGGGUUAAGAUCCUUGCGCUGACUGGGAUGUCUUCACUCGAGGAUAAGCGACGUGCCUUCGAUGCGGGAGUCGAUGGCUACCUCGUAAAACCUGUCGCUUUUAAAACGUUGGAUGCUAUGUUCCACCAGCUGGGCGUCUCGUAGCUGUUUACGAUUAUCGCCGAGGUCCAUUCACCUGUUAUGACGGCAUCGCGGAUGGUUUCAUCUCCCGUCCGUCCUCGAUAUCCAAGAGAUACACCGAUGCCCCUCAUAUAGCAUAACUCACAUGUAUAUAUUCAUCACCACUGCAUCACGCGUACCAUCUUUUAUAUUCCUGGGAUUACUUUGGGCUCGCUCUUCAGCAGCGUUGAAGCUGAACAGUUUAUUAGGGCUCCUGGGCAUCCGGUAAAGCCCAUGAUCCGCAGAACAAACAUAGAACAUCAUUCUCCCUUGCUCAGCAGUUUAAUUACUCGCCUUUUACUACGAUGUUUCCCCCCUCCCCUUUCCUCUCCUAUCCCUUCCUUCAUUGCGAGCGUUACCACUCCACUUUGUUCACUUUCUCUGUAUACUGAUUUCGCUAUAGUUCUCUGUCACUAUUGCUUUUAUCUGUUAUUCUCUUGUUUGAUUUUGUGUGUUCCGUUUUGUCUGUCAACAUCAUCACUUUCCCCUUACAGUCCAGUUUGUUCAUUCUGUUCAUUGCAUUUGCAUGUUUUUCUUUACCUUUUUUCGUUCAUGUUUAUAUAUGUAUGCUCUCUUACGUGUAUAUUCUUUAUAUACUACUUUUUUCUUUCCUUCGUUUGUUCUUUCUUUGUCUUUGCUACUUCAUUUUUCAGUUCUUACUACGCUACGUUCAUGACCUUGCAACAGUGAUUGUAGAAAUUCAAUCCGAUCCAUUUUCAAUCCAGUAAGUAGUUUAGGUAUAUUGGUAUUUUUGUGGUAUAAUUGGGUUAUUU